CUUUUCUCCUUUUCUCCUUUUUCAAGUCUAUAGAUUCGAUUUCAAUUCCUUAAUAUUUGGGUUUUGAUUUCCAACAAAACAAAAAGAGAAAGAAACAGAGUACUCUGUUUCCAGCUUUUAACCCCUUACUCUCACAUUAACAUUAACAUCCAAACACUUGUUUGAGUUGUUCUUCUAAAUACCUUAAUUUCCCAAAAUGGUGAGUUUCCUUGAAGAAAGACCAAAGAACAUGGCUGCUUGUCAAAAUGUGGUCACUGAUGCAAAAUCAGCACAAAAACCGCCUGCACCACCCGGUUUUCUCUCCAUUUCACGCAAGAAUUUGCUUCAGAACCUUGAAAUCAGUGCAGGAGCAAGGGUUGGCGCAUGGGUCGAUUCCAUGAGAGCUUCUUCCCCAACUCAUAUUAAGUCUACACCUUUCAUUGCCGAUGAUGAAGGUUCCUUGAAUCUGCACCAUCCAUCGGCGCUGGAUAUGUUCGAGCAGAUUAUAGAUGCUUCGAAAGGGAAACAAAUAGUAAUGUUUCUAGAUUACGAUGGCACUCUUUCUCCGAUUGUUGCAGAUCCAGAUCGAGCUUUCAUGUCCAAGAAGAUGAGAAAGACGGUGAGAAAGGUAGCCAAAUGUUUCCCUACAGCUAUAGUGAGUGGUAGAUGCAGGGACAAGGUGUAUAACUUUGUCAAGUUGGCUGAGCUAUAUUACGCUGGAAGCCAUGGAAUGGACAUUAAAGGCCCUGACAAACUUUCCAAAUCUAACACAGACACUGAAUUGCUUUUCCAACCAGCUAGUGAAUUUCUUCCAAUGAUCGAUGAGGUUUACAAACAACUGGUGGAGACUACAAAAUCAACAGCAGGAGCUAAGGUGGAGAACAACAAAUUUUGUCUCUCGGUACACUUCCGUUGUGUGGAUGAAAAGAAAUGGAGUGAACUGGCACAGCAGGUUAAGUCUGUGUUAAAAGACUACCCCAAGCUUCGGCUAACACAAGGCAGAAAGGUUCUGGAAAUCCGUCCCACAAUCAAAUGGGACAAAGGGAAAGCCCUUGAGUUUUUGUUAGAAUCUCUUGGAUUCGCUAACUGUACCGAUGUUUUCCCGGUUUACAUCGGAGAUGACCGCACUGACGAAGAUGCAUUCAAGAUACUGAGAGAUAGAGGACAAGGUUAUGGUAUUCUCGUCUCCAAGUCUCCCAAGGACACCAAUGCAUCAUAUUCUUUACAAGAGCCACAUGAGGUUAUGGAUUUUUUACGACGAUUGGUUGAAUGGAAAGAAUUUUCUGCAAAAACUCAAUCGAAAAUGUAAAAGAAGAGAAAAAUAUAUAUAUAUAUAUAUAUAUAUAUAU